UGGAUUCUGUCAGUACAACGAAGUGAGGUUGGGGUAGAUUCUAAUUUUUGCGUUGUCUUCUAUUGUAGCACCAAUGUCUCACUCCAACGACUAGAAAAUUUACAUUUCUACUGUUAAAUAACUUCCCAACGUUGUGUCUCAUACAUCAAAAUGGAUGACGAUGACAUUCCUCAACUGGUUCCAGCUACAUUCCAGUCGGUGCCAGUAACAAUCAUUACUGGAUAUCUAGGAGCUGGAAAAACCACACUCCUCAACUACAUAUUGCAUGAACAGAGUGAAAAGAAAAUAGCAGUCAUUUUAAAUGAAUUUGGAGAGGGAAGUGCACUAGAAAAGAGUAUCUCGGUUGGAAAUGAAGGAGCGUUGUAUGAGGAGUGGCUGGAGCUUCGCAACGGGUGUUUGUGCUGCUCGGUCAAGGAUAAUGGUGUAAAAGCCAUAGAGAACCUGAUGACCAAACGGGGAAAAUUUGAUUACAUUUUACUAGAAACGACAGGCUUAGCAGAUCCGGGGCCUAUUGCAACAAUUUUCUGGCUCGAUAAAGAGUUAGGAAGUGACAUAUUCUUGGAUGGAAUAAUAACUGUAGUUGAUGCUAAUCACUGUCUAGAGCAAAUUGAUGACAAAGCAAAUACUUUCGAUGAUGGGGAGCCUUGCAAUGCAGCUAUUCGGCAAGUUUGUUUGGCUGACCUUAUUCUUUUAAACAAGACUGACCUAGCUUCAAAAGAAAUUGUGCAGAAAACAAAAGAUGUCAUACAUGCGUUGAAUGGUGUUGUUGAUCUUAUUGAGACCCAACACUCCAAGGUGUCACUCGACAGAAUAUUGGAUCUCCGAGCUUACAGUGGGUCUGGGUCCGAGCGGAUCGAGCGACUCUUGGCUUCCUCUCAGGAGUCUCAAAAAUUGUCCCAUCUCGACAAGGACGUGUGCAGCGUGACGCUGCCGCUGGCCGCCCCGCUCACCCGCGGCGCCCUGGACUUGUUCCUCCAGCGGCUGCUGUGGGAGCGUCGCCUCCUGGACGACAAGGGCGACACGGCCAGCGUCAUCAGGCUCAAGGGCGUGGUGAACCUCGAGGGGGCGCCGCACCUGCUGCAGGCCGUGUACCAGACGUGGGACCUGGAGGCGGUGCCGGACGCGGCCCGCGGCGGCGAGGGGCUGGACCGGGACAGGCUCAUCUUCAUCGGUCGCAACCUGGAGGAGAAGAGCCUUCGCCGCCUGCUCGAGGAGUGCGUAGAUGCGGAAGCGCAACCGCCGCCGUCGUAUUCGUCCUUGUCUCGGUGAUGAUGAAGCACGACGACGCCCAACUCGUCUUUCGUGGAAAAUGUUAUUUUAUUACUCCGCUGGAUUGUAAUUUUCGUCGCCCGUCCCUCGUGUUUUGCCGCUUACCUUAACCGGUGGGGGUAAAGUCCCAGUUGACUUAACGGAAAUAAUACUGUUUUAUUGCCUCGAAA